UUGGCUAGACUGUUGCUUACAGGCUUCUGGAAAAUCUGGCAAAUCCUUUCGCAUUUAUUCUAAACUCUGUCUGGACACCUUUAGGAAAAGAAUCUGAUUAUUAUGUACCAAAGUGAAUAAUUUGUAUUUUUAGAGUCAGAGUUGGAACUAUAGGACUUGAAGGCAAAAGAAGGUACCUUAUCAAGGAUUUGCUCAGUUUCCCCAAAGCUCUUUCCAAAUUGGACUUCGGGGUACAUCAUGACAGAUGUUCCUGCAACAUUAGUUGGGGCUGAGUGUAAUGGGGAUAGCCUUCUCCAAACUGGUCAGCAGCCUAGCACUAAACUCAAUGAGAAAGCCGCUGAUGUGGAUGGGACCCCACCAGACUACAGGGUUGAACCCAGGCCUGAAGGUGUGCCCACAAAAGGAAAUCAGGAAGAAAGUGGAAAAUCACAAGGGAACAUUCUACUCAAUUGGUCCACAGAUGAGAAGAUUCUAAAAGAAAACCCAGGAGAUCACGUCUUUAUUGUUCAAAAGUCUAUCACAGAUCUGUCUCUCCAAGAAACAAGUGCCGAGGAAAUGACAUUCCGAGAAGGGAAUCAGUGGGAGAAGAUUCCUCUGAGCAGCAGUAACCAGGAAAUAAACAGUCCGAAAGAAAGAAUUGCCAAACAACCUCUAGAAGAGAGAGAGUAUGAUAGGAAGAACAAAGCUCACCAGGCAGCAGAAAUUGAAUGGUUGGGAUUUCGUAAACCUAGUAAAGUUGACAUAUUGUAUUCUAAACAAGACGAGCAGGAAGAGGUUUGGAAUGAAGAAAUUCAUGAUGAUAAUAAUGAUGACGACUGCAAUGAUGAUGAAGAUGAAGUUCGAGUGAUAGAAUUCAAGAAAAAACAUGAAGAAGGUUCUCAAUUUAAAGAAGAAACCGAUGCAAGUGAGGACUCCCCACUGAGCAGCUCCAGCUCCCAGCCUGUGACACCUGAAGAGCAGCCAGCGUUAGGAAAGAAGGGGGAUAUCUCCAGAAGUGCUUAUUCAAGAUACAAUACAAUAUCCUACCGGAAAAUAAGGAAGGGGAACACCAAGCAAAGAAUUGAUGAAUUUGAGUCAAUGAUGCAUUUAUGAACUAACUGGAACUGAGAAAUUCUCACACCUACUAAAGGAAAAGCUAAUUCCAUUGUCCUGAGUUGAAUGUUUCUAUGCCUUAAGUUACCCCCUGGAAACACAGGCAAGCGUAUUGUGUUUUUCCCUGUAGAAUAAUGUAGAAAUAACCUUAGACAAAACUCAGUCUGGUACUCUCAAAUAAAAAAGCUUUAGAUUCAUUCUUGAGCACUUGCUUUUCAAACUUUACUAAUAUAGCAUUAUGUGACAAACAUUAAAGAGCCAGACCCACAGGGGAUUGCAUGAUUUGGCUUUAAAAGUAGCAGUGCUGGGAAAGGUAGCCAUCAAAUGAAAGAGGGGACUCUUUGAAAUGACUCCUGUAUUUCUUUUGGUGUCUUUCUUCCUGUAAGUCCUCCUCCUUUUAAGCAUGGUUUUAUAGACUCCAGUAAUAAACUUUCCAGAAUUCUUUGCCUUAUUACCCUAAAAGAAAACAUUCUGAGUGGUUUUCCUUGGCAUCUACUGAGUGAAAAUUCUAUGGACCUCCUUCCUAGGUGUCACCAUUCACUGAGUUUUCUCACUAAGGGGCUGAGCAAUUGUUAGGCAGGAGAAUUCUGUUCACUAAAUGUUGGCUUUAUGCUUUCAAACUGAAUUAAACCCAUUGUGAGGUUGAUACAGGGAGGGGCUAGAAGACUGUGGGCAGUAGACGAAUGAGUUAUAUUGGUUAGUUGUAUUUUUGUGACUGAAAACAAAAUCUUGUCUAGCACAAUUAAAGUCAUUAAAAAGCAAAAUGAUGAUUUUAGCACAAUUUUUGGAAAAUGUCCCUAUUACCAUGCUUUCUCUUAUUAACGGUACCUUAGAAUAAUUUUCUUUCCUUAGAAACCUGAGACAAUGCUAGUCAUAACUGUACUAGUUACUAUGAAAAUGGAAAUAAUUAUCUUAGAAUAUUUUUGAAGAAGGGUGUGAGCAUAUAUUUUUAGUGAGAAAGUUCUGAUAGUUGUUGGAAAUACAUAAUUCACUGAACCUCAGCCCAAAUCAAAAACCUUCAAAUUAUGCUUAUGGAGCUUCACUCAAAUCAAUGCAUCAAAUAAUGUAUUGAAUAUUUAUGAAAAGAGAGAGUCUAUAUUUAUAUUUUUACUUAGUUUGUUCCACAAUGUUUCAUUUCAUGUUUCCAUAUAUAUUACCCUGAACUUUCUGUUGCCACAGUUAAAAAUAUCUUUUGGCUCCACAAAUAAAAAGACAAUUCCUUAUUGUCUGAAUGUAAUACAGUCUUCAUUGUACUAUUCAGUCCUUUGUUUAUUUCUUUUUCAUUUUUGAGUGCAAAAGCCUGGGUUAUUCCUUCUAGAUUAUUGCUUUCCUAUGUGUAACAAAUCCCAUAUGUCCUAAUGGCAGCUUCUUUAAUUCUUCCUGGUUAUAUAAUAUUUUCCAUAGUCUCAUAUACUGCUAUUCAGUGUUUACAAGACACAAUGUAUUAUUCAGGAUUAAAGUGCUCUUUUGAUUCUGUCUCACAGGUACUUACAGAAUCUGCAGAUUUCAUUUGAGACAACAUGAGGGAUGUCAGAUCUUUAUUGAUAAUUUUAGGUAGGAGAUGGAUGCACUAGGACAAUUUCCUAUUUAAUUUAGAUCCUUUAAGCUGUUUCAUCUAGAAACCUAUUGUCUUUCCCCCAUGAUUUUCAAAGUACAGUAUUGUGCUAUCCAUCAUAUAACAGGACCAUAUUGUUAGUCGACUUUCAGGAGAGCCUUCAUUUUAAGUUAUUCUAAAUGAGGCAAUGAAUUUCUGUGAACCUUGAAGGAGACAGGUGGUCUAUGGGUAGGUGACAUGGCAAAGCACCUGGCUCUUAUGUGGCACCAGUAUAUAGUAACUUGAUCUUUUUAGCUGUGUGCUCUUACCUGACAAUUAAUAAACUGUGAAAUAUUUUGUCAACAAGACUAUGUUAGGGUAUGUUCAGUUGGUAAAUGCUUCAAGUUCACGAACGAGACAAAGUGGUUUCAAAAGAGCACUGACACUAGUCUUCAGCAUUGGCACGUGCUGCUUCUAUUGCCAUCUUAUACCAAGGCAGUAGAGUUAAGUUUCCUGGAGUAAUAUGGCAGGUAUUUGAGUCUUUGUAGCCUAGCAAAGACAAGGUCCUGUUUCAGAUUACCUGAGUGAUAUUCAACAUAUUUGAAAGACAUGUGUGACAUGAUUAAGGAAACACAUUGGUAACUACACAUGAGGUUUACCUGAGUUGCUGUGAUUCCAAGUUCAGGGGUAGUCAGAACUAUGGUACCUGACAGAAAUGAGAAUUGGCUUAUUGUGCAAAUGCUGAUAUUUCUUGUAUGACUUUAUAUUUUCUUUUGUUGUCAGAUGAACAGAAAUUAAUAGCUUUAUUUGUCUGUAAAUAUAAUAUUAUGUUGAAGACACAGAAUUCGUAGAACCUAUCUCUUUAUAUUAACAAUCUAUAAAAACAACUGCUGUGUCUGACUUGCUCUGAAUAAAAGUUUGUGUCUUCA